AUGAAGUCGAAGGAGGCAGAGAUCAUGCAAAAGAUUGGCUACCAUUCCAACAUCAUCCAGUUCUACGGCGUGCAGCAGAUGCCGGACAAGGUCUUCAUCUUCAUGGAGUACUGCCCAGAGGGGACGCUGGACGAUCUUAUCAAGAGCCUGAGCGGGAACAUGAAGCAGGGACAGCCUUGCAUCGUGCUGAAGACAGCAAGAAACUACACGAGGCAGAUCGUGUGCGGGCUGAAGCACCUGCACGAAAGAAAGAUAGUCCACAGGGACCUGAAGCCCACCAACAUCCUCCUCUCAGGCAACGGAGCGAAGGUAAAGAUCGCGGACAUGGGUGAGGCAUGUACCUUUGAGGACGUGAAGGCGAGGAGGGACAGCGAGAAGUUCACCAUCGGGUUCGCAGCCCCUGAGUGGAUCGUGCACAGGCAGAUGGGGAGUGGGAGCGCCAACCACCCUCAGCUGCGGGACUUGCGCAUCGUCAACGAUGACAUGGUGGGCAAGAUCGACGUGUGGUCGCUCGGCUGCAUCGUGACGGAGAUGAUAACUGGCAAGGCGUCAGGCCCCUUCCUCUUCCGAGGAAACAACAUCUUCGAACCCGUCUCUGUUCCACAGCGCAUCUUCGCUGAUUGGGCCAAGACUGACCUUCGCAAGUUUGUCCUCAAGUACGCGGAAGAGCCGAGUGUGAUGGCGCAGUCACAUGCCGUCAAGGACUUUCUUGACAAGUGCUUCGAGGUCAAGGCCGAGAAGCGACUGAACGCCGAUAAGCUCCUGAAGCUCAGUUUCCUCCAACACCACAACCUCGAAUAA